AUGAAAGGAGUGAUGAGAUUUUGGAAGAAAGGAAAGCUCAGCCCAAUGUAUAUUGGUCCAUAUGAAAUACUGCGAAAAAUAGGCAAAGUAGCUUAUAGGUUAGCCUUACCUAUAGAGCUUAGUAAAGUACAUGAUGUAUUCCAUGUGUCCCAAUUGAGAAGGUACAUUCCUAAUAAAUCCCAUGUUUUACAACCCGAAACCAUUAAGUUAGAUCAAAGCUUAAGUAAUGAAGAAAUACCUGUCAAGAUUCUUGACAGUAAAGUGCGUAGUACACGCAAUAAUAAUGUUAAAAUUGAAAAAGUGAUUUGGUCCAACUAUGAAUAUGAGGAAGCCAUUUGGGAGGCAGAAGAUGAAAUAAAAAAGAAGUACCCAGAGUUGUUUCAGAAACCCAAAACUACACAAGCCUUAGCAAAAAAGGCAAACAACCAUCAUGGUUUUAAGUUUAACCUUACCACCUUCUAG